AUGUCUUCGUUUCUCAAACUCCUAUCUACGUGUUUGUUUUCUUGCUCUUUCUUUUUUGCCAUAUCUACUUUUUCCACCGCUUACCUUCUACGUGUCUGUUCUCUUUUGCUCUUCCGGUUUCUUCUACCCUCCAUACGCUCCUUCCAAACCACCGCCCUACUUCCCUCUUCCACCGCCCGUCUUCAACCACUGCACCCCCAUGGUAAUGUUGUUCGACCUAAGGAGUAUUUGGACUAUGAUCUCACCGACGACGACAACGACGUCGGCCAGACCUCCACCAUCAGGGCGCAUCCACUACCUCUCCCUGACUUUGCGGUUCUGCUCAAACGCGAUUCCUUCACUGUCUUCUACUUUCGUUCCGGUUUUGCAUCGGCUGGACGGGUUGGAGCCGACCUCAACUGCUCCACAAACCCAGUUUUGGGGUUAAUUGAUUCAAAGCAAAGUUUGCGUCGGAUACACCGAUUCCGGCGACAGCAGACGUUGGCGAGUCUGCCUCCGUUCACGGAGGAACCACCAUGA